CUUUUCAUAUCCAGACAAAAAGAUGCCUUACGAAUCUUCAACCGACCUCGCAACACUUCACUUCCACCAAAAAUGGCGACCUCCGCUCUCAAAAUCGCUCUAACCAACCGUUCCCCAGACGCCGCCGUUCCGUGUCGUUACCCCGCCGGCACCAUCAGAAUCUCAGCGUUGUCAAAUACCACCAAAGCUCAUCCUCUCUCCUUCUCUCAAUCUUCAACCAACUACGAAGCAACUAGAUUCAGACCCACUCGGGCAUUCGGGUCGAAUCGGGUAUCCGGAUCAGGUGAUCCCGCAUUCGACGUAGUCAUCGUUGGAGCGGGCAUUAUCGGGUUGACCAUAGCCCGUCAGUUCCUCCUCGGAUCCAACCUAUCCGUCGCCAUCGUUGACGCCGCCGUUCCCUGCGCCGGCGCCACUGGCGCAGGGCAAGGAUAUAUAUGGAGGGUUCACAAAAUUCCGGGGAGUGAUAAAUGGGAAUUGGCGAUGAGAAGCCAUCAGUUAUGGGAGGAGAUGGCGGAGAGCAUCACGAUUCAAGGCAUGGAUCCUUUGCUGGAGCUUGGCUGGAAGAAGACAGGAAGCAUGCUAGUUGGACGGACCGAAGAAGAUUGUUUGGCGUUGAGGAAGAAGGUAGAGAACCUUGUUGAUGCUGGUCUUGGUGCCAAGUUUUUAUCUAGUGAUGAAUUGAUGGCAGAGGAACCGAGCCUUAAUCUUGGAAAGGAAGGUGGUGCAGCUUUUAUGCCUGAUGACUGCCAAAUAGAUGCUCGUCGUGCUGUUGCAUUUAUUGAAAAGGCUAACCGGGCCUUUGCAGCAGAAGGGAGAUAUGCGGAGUUCUUUUAUGAGCCAGUAACUGGUUUAUUGCGGUCUGAGAGUAGUGGAGAAGUUGAGGCAGUUCAAACUUCUAAGACUACAUUGCGUAGUAAGAAAGCUGUUAUCAUUGCAGCAGGCUCCUGGACUGGUUCUUUGAUGCAUGACAUUUUAAAGGAUUCAGAAAUUGAGCUAGAUUUCCCAGUAAAACCUCGUAAGGGUCAUCUGCUUGUUCUUGAGAAUUUCAAAUCUUUUAAAGUUAAUCACGGGCUUAUGGAAGCUGGAUAUGUCAAUCACGAAUCUGCAACCCUUAGUUCUACUACAGAUCCGGGGAACAAAUCUGAUGCAAAUACUGCAUCUAUAUCGAUGACAGCUACAAUGGACAUGUCGGGAAGGCUUGUUCUCGGAAGCAGCCGCCAGCUUGUUGGGUUCGACACUGAGAUUGAUGAGUCCAUCAUCGAUCGGAUAUGGGAUAGGGCGAGUGAGUUCUUUCCUCAACUUAAAGAAGCGUCACUGAGAGAGUUGAGCGAAAGCAGAGAAGUUAGAGUUGGCCUAAGACCUUAUAUGCCCGGAGGGAAACCCGUGAUUGGACCUGUGCCUGGAUUACCGAUGACCUUUUUUGCUGCUGGACACGAAGGAGAAGGCCUCUCACUGGCUCUGGGAACGGCGGAAAUGAUUUUAAACAUGGUAUUGGAGAGUCCUCACAAGGCGAGGAAAGGUCAGGAACAGGGGAGCCUACAAGGAGCAGUUGAGUCAGAGAAAACGCUGACGGUGGGAGUCGUUCCCCGAAAAGUGGCGAGGGAGGAGAUAGAUCUGAACGAAUCAGCCAAGAAGCAGGGCCUAAUGACCGAUGAGGAAUUUCAGGCUAUUUUAGAUGAUGUCAAUCGGAUGGAAGAUGACACUGCCGUGGUGGCUGAGGGGCUAGACCUCGCAUCACGAGUAGUAGGAGAGAGUGAAGUAGCCGAAGAAGGAAACCGCUCGGAAAGCCAAGCUAGGGAAUAAGAGAUUAUGCCGGAAUCACCCCAGCCAGAAGCAGAGAGGGGUGAUGCAUCUAUUGAAGCACAGGAAACAAAAGCAAAAGAAACAGAAGCAAGACCAGAAGUACCCAACCCAGUGGCACCUCCGGUGACAAAACCGAAGGCCGUCAAGAGGAAGUUGGUGUUGAAGGGCGAACCUAAGGCUAGACAGCCAAAGCCGCAAAGGGUAUCUCAACGAUGCUUAGGGAAGUGGGCAGCUAGUAAGGCGAAGCCGAACACAGAGGCAGAUCCCGUGGAGAUCUUGAGUGA